UCACCGCAGGUUUCGUCGUCUCCAAUAAAUAAAAAGGAAAAAAAAGCUAAAAAUCCUAGGACCAAACCAUCUCAUCCACCGACUUCGGAAAUGGUAAACAAUGUGAUCAAAAGUUUAAAGGAACGCGGAGGCUCAUCUUUACAAGCAAUUAAAAAGUAUAUUGCUGCCAAUUAUAAAGUUGAUGCAGAAAAAGUACCGCCAUUCAUCAAAAAAUAUUUGAAAGCAUCUGUAGUAUCGAGAUCUUUGGUACAAACUAAAGGUAAAGGAGCUUCCGGAUCAUUCAAAUUAGCUUCGGCAACUUCAUCUGGUGGUACUUCGGAGGAGUCAUCGCCGCCACCGCCGCUUCCAAUACAGCCAGUGCCGCAUCAUCCGAAUUAA